CUUCCCCUACCCCAGAGCUCGCUGGCUGUAUACUGCAUGCUUUAACAGCGAAACUAUGUGAUGUAUUUGGCAGUGAGCGUGUGAGUCCUUACUCUAUCAAUCGGGGUCUUCGCAGUGCAGGGCCACGGAUGACUGCAGUCUAGCUAGGAUCACACACCGAGACUGAGCGAGGGAGGGAGGGAGCGAGAGAGUGAGAGAGAGGGAGGGAGGGAGAGAGAGAGAGCAAGAGAGAGAGAGAGGGGGGGGGGGCUGAGAGAGAGGAGCUUUCAUUCCUUUUAAACCGUUGUACAUUUUGGUGACCGCUUUAAAUAUUUAAGAAGAAGAAAAAAGGUCCUGCUUUUUUAUUUUUGGGGGGUAAGCUGGCAUCUGAGGAUACUCGUUUUAAAGCCUUUAUUCUGCAGAAGAAAAUAAACAAUAAGGAAUUGAAAACGGGGGAUUUUUAUAAGGUAUCUAGUUGUGACCCGCGAUUUUCUUCAGGUGCUGUGUGUUUCUCCGCUGCUGCGCACACAAGUGGAGGUAGCUGAAGGUGCAGGCUGGGCAGUCACAUCCAGUCCCUGAGAGACAGAGCUCAAUGCCAAGGCACAUCCCGCCCUCUCUCUGCAGAAGGUCUUGAGGACGUUGGACCCCGUGGGACGCAGCGAUGAGCAACAGUGGCGCCAGAGAAGGACCGGCUCGGCAGGGCACCGCACCGCCCCCUGCUGAGCCCGAGAGGAGAGGCAGGGGCAGGCCCAGGAAGCAACCUCAGGAGCCAGCUGGCCCCCCCACCCCGAAGAGACCUCGCGGGAGGCCCCGUGGCAGCAAAAACAAGGGGCCCCGCGCCACCCUUAAGAAAGCAGAGCCUACGGGAGAGAAGAGACCAAGAGGCCGACCGAGGAAGUGGCCCCAGAAAGUUGUUCAAGAAGAAGCACCCCAGGCAACGCCAGAGGAAGCCGCAGCCGGACCCUCACGACAGCAAUCAAAGACCUCAGGAGAAGACUAGUGACCUUGCAGUAAACCUCUACCUCAUUGGCUAGGCAGCAGCAGCAGCAGCAGGAAGCGAAAAGGCCUGUUGCCUAGCGAGCCAUGAAGAUUGCAAAAUUUUAUUUUUUAUUUUAUUUUAUAUAUAUUUUUAAAAAAAAUAUCUCUUUGUGCCAAAAUUGUGCCACUGCCAUGGCUGUGUUCAACCUCAGUCUCUAGCCUUGAAACCAGGCUGUGACCAGCGACGCUUGAUAACAGUUUUUUAACGUCAUUUUUUAUAUUUUUUUAACAAAAGAUUUAGGAACUCAAAGCAAUUGGUUUUUUUUUACAUAGAUAUAAAACCGACUGUUUUGUGUUUUGUUAAUGCCCAGGGUGGCUGAUUCAUUGAAAUGAGAAACUGCUUGCUAAUCUUGCUUGCCAAAACUGACAGAUUGAAGGGUUCUUACUCCCCCUAUCAGACUGCAAACCUCUCUCCCUUAAUCUACAUGUGUUUAUAUAACUAUCUUUAUAAUAAUGUUUUUAAAACAAACAAAAAAAGGAGAUCUAACUGUGCAGAAAAUAACUAGCAACAGUCAGAAGUACAGACAGCACAAACCCUAACAGCCAUUCUUCCAGUGUUUGGCGCUGACUAGCUCCUCAGCACUGUGGCUAGAUUUCAGCUGUCCAGUUCACACCCAUACGUGACCCUCUGUUUUGUUAAGCUCCCUUGCCUUCAGCUAAGAACACUCAACGAUCGCCGCUGUCAAGCAAAACAUUUCCAUGCAGUGCAUCGUCUCCAUGUUCUUUACAAAGCAUCUCGAACUAGAACGUCAUUGUUCCGCGCAGAGCGACCUCCCUAGUUAAGAGCACUCAUACCUGAGAUCCAUCUUGCAUUCGAAUGCCGCAGUCCUCGUCUGUCCCGGUCCCUCUGCGCCUUGCAGUUUCUCAUUCCCAAUGCUUCAAGCCACACCACUGAGCAAAUCCAUGCAAUGUUUACCGCGUUGACAUUCGCGAAUGCACUGUACUUCCGAGCGAGCGCGCAACCAGUAUGCACAUAAGCGAUGCGCCAGCGUGCAAACAGGGCAGAAACGCACAUACUCGUGCAGAGGUUAAUCGCCUGCAGAUUCACGGAUUGAAAUGCAGGGUGCAUGCAUUCCCUGUAUCCGUGCAAAAUGAACGUCGGUCUGUAUGAGGCAGACCUAUAAGGGACACGGGAUUAGAGUGAAGAUAGCUUUUCUGCAGCUUUCCUUACUGUGUCUCUCAGAAAUGGCUUUGCUCUUUUAUUGGGGAUUCCAAAACUAGCAGGUUAUAACCAAUGUUUCCUGCCGCCUUAACAGAAAUGGUUAUGAACGACAAUCAAACCCGAUCUUUAAAGAUCUGACUGUAGGUGUGAUUACCCGAGCAUAGUCUAUCUAAAACAAAACAACAGCAAUGGCUCAUGACUAAAAAUGUAAGGCUUAAACUUUUUUAAAACAAUUUUUUAAAACUCUGCCAUUAUUAAGGAAAAGAUUCUGAAAGAAAUCAUUUUGGUUUCUCACUUCGUCCAGUUGCAGACCCAAGAAAAUAACUAGAAACCUUUUUGUGAACCAUUGAUCUGCCAGCUAUCUCUUAAGAGCUGAUUUCUCUGCAGCUUGAACUGCGUGACCUGAAAUAUAUCUAAUGAACUGCAUAGCUCUACAAUACUGCCCUGGAUCACUCCCCAGAUCAAUCUGUAUCGCUACCCAACAGCGAAUCUGUAUGCCAUCAGUUCAUUUUUUGAGUUACUGUGUGCCAAACAAAAACCAACAUGUCAGAAACAUGAACCUUUGGGGUAGAACGUACAGUAAGGAAGGCUGACAGAAUGUUCAGGAGUAUUCUAGACUGUUUUGGGAUUGUGAUGAGAGUAGAUUUUGAUCUGGAUUGCAUCUCUUUCGUGGUCAAGACACUUACUGUUAUUUCAGGUAUUUUUAAACUCAGAAUUCAGGAACAUAUCCACAUCCACUCAGUUAAGUUGAAUUGUAAUUUUGUAUUUCUUUUUGUGUGCAUCUUGAAAAGACAAAACAAACACAAAAAAAAAACAUAUCACCCAAGCACUCACAAGUGCUGCAGCUUUCUCACUCAACAAAGUUCACAACUACCUCAGCAACCGUGACAACCAACUGUAACCAAGGUGACGCAAAAGUGUACUUGACGACUCCUGUUCUUGAAAACGGAGCCAAUCUUACUGUAGAGAAAACUCAAAAGUCAAUAUAUAUAUAUAUCUAUAUAUAAUUUCCCAUUUGUGACUGGGAAGUGGGCUGGAGCCCCCUGUUCAAACCUGUGCAGGGGCCGGGCUGGCCUCUACGCUGUGGAGUUCACGAGCAUGGGAUUGAAAUGAGAAAUUUGCCUGAAGUUUCAAAUAAUUUGCAUGGGACUUGUAGGGUGACAGUUUGACUGCACUGAAGGUACCAUCUCAGGAUCCCUCCUCAUCCCAAACAAAGGCCCGUGCUCAGCCUGUGUUGUACUGUUACUGCAUUGCACUGCCGCUAUAUAAAAGCUUACUGUGGUACACCUAAAUACAAGCAUAGUGUAGUGCUGUAUGGCAAACUGCAAACUAGUAUGCUAAGUAAAACCAUGCCCUUCUUUCAGUGGGUACUGAACUGCAGGGUGCGGCAUCAAGAUUGUGAAAUCUACAGUGUGUCUCAACUCUUUGAGACCUUGUAGCCACAUCCUACCAGUAUCGGAGUCCAGUUAGCUGUUAGAAAACAGUAACCCAGCUGCCAAGUUACCAGGGAGUGGAGGUGGGUCCCAGUUAUUAGUCGCAUCCUGAGAAUGGGGUUUAACUUAAAACAGUCAGCUUCCCUUUUCCAGACCUUUGGACAUUACCUUCACAAUCAGAAGAAUGUUAGAAGGAUUAUAAAUGACUGUCUAAAAUGUUUUAAUGUGUCAUUUCUUACCUGCUCUCUAUUCGUUGAAGCGAGCUCAGUUUGAUUCCCUAUUUCAUCUCGGCUCCAAAUAUAUAUUUUUAUGUAUUUUUAAUUUUGUACAACUGUUCCAGUGUGUGGCCUCUGAGCACCUUUGACAAAACUGCAUUUAAAAAUAAUGCGGUGCUGGGCCUCGUGCGGUUUCUAACCGUUUUCUUCUAAACUCAUGUUUAAAUAUCCGCUCUGUACACAGUCCUCUAAAAUGUAAUCAGUAUAACAAAAAAAAACAUUUGGAAACAAAAAUCUGUUUAGCCUCUUCACAUGUCCGUAACUAGCUACGAGGAUAGCUCUGGUUUCGACACUGCCUCUUAGGGUAGAGAUUGAAGAUGUCAUUUUAAUCUCUUACUGAAUGAAUGUUAAACGAAUGCAUUUACAAUACAAAUGGAUUUAUCUUUUUUUUUUGUAAAAGAAAGUGUUUUAUUUUUUCAAAACGUAUUUUACUGAACGGCUGCAAAAAGAAUGCAUUAUGAAUGUAAAAACAGGAUUCAAAUUCGGUGCCGGAGAAAUAUUCAUACUGGAAAUGUUGUAUAAAAAAUUAAAUAUAUAAAUAGUGAGAAAGAGAGAAGCAUGCAGCUCGCUCGCAAUGAAAAUAAAUAAUCAGGUCAAAAAUGGCAGAACACAGGAAAUUGUGUCUCUUAACCGUUAGUCAAACCAGAAGUGUAUUCCUCUAGGUCCUCUGUUCCUAGCGUCCAUCCCUGAUAGGUGCCCUUCUAGUGCCUGGAAAAUUGACCGCCAUUUUGGGAUGGGUCAUGGUUCAGAAGGAUUGUUUUUUACUCAAAAUCUUUUAAUGUUUAAUUGUUGUUUUUUUUUGGUUCUGUACUGGAGAAUAACAAACUUUAGUGGAACCCAUUACUGAAAUAUUCCCUUUUUUAUAUGUGUCUUUGUACUGUACAUGUCAGGUUAAUAUCUACAAAAUGCUGUUAUUUUUAACUUUUUACUUUUGAACAGUAGUUUGUAUAUUACUCUCUUGUUAGGGGGGUGCAGACAGCUUUAGGGGGGAGUCACACCUGACUAAAUAAAUAAAAACACAAACACAUGGUCACAGAAUUAUUAAAAUCAUUUAGUCAGUGAUUAGCUUAGACAAUUCCUAACCAUCAGAAGGACCUACAGCGCAGUAUGUGAGAGGUAUCCAUCUGAAUACUGGCCCAGUAUUGGAGAGCCAGUGCAGCUUCUACACAAGAAAACUGCCAGGUUAAGGAAGCACAAGAGUGGUGAGCUGACCAAUCUCAUCCCAAAGCCUGUUUGCACCCCUUCCUCUUUCUGUGAAUCUGUGCUGAACUGAUGGAGCCUGCUGGGACUGCCAGGGUCUGGGUAGUGAGGGGGGUAAUGUAUCCCAAUGAAGAAAUGCUCUUCUCUGGCCUUCAGUAUCAGUAGUGAAGGUUUGGGCUGAAUAUGUACUGUAAGAGGUCAAUCUGAAAGUGUGGGGUAUAGCAGGUAGAGGGGACUAAAGCCGUUCACACUGCAUAGGUUUAGGACUGAGGCUGAAUCCCUCUGUCUGUCUCUGUCUAUCCACAAGACAGGUAGAGCACAGGGAAUGGGUGUAGCGUGCGUGAAAGGAAAGGACUGCUGGGAGUGGAGAAUGCAGCCCUCUGCAGUGAUGGAUGUAGUGCUUGCCUGUAAAUCCAAAGUAUGGCAUCAUCAUUACCAUUUAUUCAGACUUUACGCAUGCAUGGCACAGCAGUGACGCCGGGUGGACAGACGGGUGUAUGCAAUUAGAUUUCACAGUGAUCUUGCUGUAGUGCAAACGCACGUCCCAAAUGGUACUAUCACACCCUCCUUGUAUUCACCCUGUCUGUGUCUAGCUGUCAGGCAGUAUUACAGAGGUAAGGGCCUUUUCAAAGCACCUCCUUAUUGCUGGUGACUGCAGGAGUUUUCAUGUGCAGCUCCAGCUCUGUCCCAGCCGGCUCCUCAGAACCGCACAGCUUGUGAUUCUUUUUAUCUCUGCUUGCCUGGUGCUGUGUAAAUCGUAACGACUGAAAACAAAAACAAAAAAACCCCAGAAACUUGAUUCCUUCACCAAAGCUUGAAAUGUACUGAUCUUCAUCAACAGGUGUUAUUUUUUUUGUUUUUCAUUACGUGGCAUUUUUAACCCAGUGGACUCAGCUACUUACUGGAAACCGAGUCUGUACUACUGUUCCACAUGCACCGAGUGCUGUCCGGUUCAAGGAGGACCUUAUUUCCUUUUUAUUUUUUACUUCUUCAGGUAUACCUAGAUACUGUUUGUGGCAUUCAAACAGGCGUGGCGCUGAGGGAGGGGGCCUCUCAAGUGUGUACACGGAUGUCUGGCUGGCUGUGGUGAUGUCUGGGCGGGGUGGGUAAGUUUAAGACACUCACAACAAGGAUUCUUUAAGUCUCUGUUUAGUUGAAUUCGGGAGCUGCUCUUCUGUAUCAGUCGCCUGCUGUAGACAUGUGUGACGUAGGCCUGGGGUGGCAAAGUGUCUUUUUGUGCGGGGAUAGUUGCAUGUAAGUUGAUAUGGAGAUGUUUUUCAGAAAUAUAAACAGCGGGUUGGUGAAAAGUCAAGUCUUCAAGAAGAUAAGGAUUGUGCUGUUCUCACGUUUCUAUAAAAGCACAAAAAGCGAUUAUUUUCUGUAAAAAAAACAUCAUUUUGUACCAUGGAUCCGAGUGGCCAUGGUUUUAGCUGUUUCGCAGUUAACCACUGGCACGUGAUAGUAAUAAAUCAGACAUAGCCAGCUCCUCUCCUGGCCUGGAUAGAGAGCAAGAGAUUUAGUUUAAAAACUGUUACUAACAAUCAAUAAUGCGUCCAUACAUUUCUUUAUAUAGAAACAAUAACAGAGAGUUAUUAACAGCAGGUUAUAGCAAUGCAGUGUAGUAAGAACAUGCAGGCAACCUUAUCGUUUUAUUCUCAAAACCCAGUAACUGGUAUUCCUUGGUAAUUGCCUUCAAAGUAACAGCAUUUAUGGAUUAUUUAUAAAAGGAUCCUUAAGCUGAAGUGAGACUGAGGUGUCUAGGUUUGAUUUGGAUGGAGAGGAUUUCAGCUUCGGAAUGUGGAAUAAGGAGAUCCUUCUGUGGGUUAACGUACAGGGCAGUAUGUCUGUACACCCCGACUAGGCACUGGUCUUUGUUGUUGGUUGGUGUUUCAGUGUGGGGCUGGUGGAUUGGAUUGGAUAGGUGUGGAAGGUGGUCCCCUUAUCCUGGCCAGUCAGGUUAGUGACUGGGUGUAGAGUCAGAUCCCCUACCCAGUCGUCGCUGUAUCAUUAACAAACGUACACGUGACAUUUUCACAAUGAAGACGAGCCACACGAUCAGCUGUACUGACUGUAACGGUCUUGUAUGCAAGGCAGCUACAACAGACCAGCUUGUUUGUUCUUGUGUCGAUAGUAUUGGUUCUUAGAACUCCAGUUUCAGACUGGCCUGCUGGGUUGCAGUUGUCAGAUCCCAGCUAAGCCAUUAGUGAGGACAUCAGUACAGCCAGACAGACUAAACUGUUUUUGUUUGUUUUUUUAAUUCCUCCCCGAGAUCAGGAAUGGAAAUGAUUCGUACGGGACACAGCUGGGGAACCGAAGCCUUGUCCUGUCACUGCGGAGCACAGUGAGGUUGUUGUGCUGUUACUGCAGUUAGGUAAUCGGCAUGAAACCAGUAAAGGGGGCCAGUUUAAAGAACGUUUGAAGACGAGCUUAGUAUGGGCAUGAAAUAUCAGAGAAAUCUUAAUGAAGUUCUUCUUGUAUCAUUUUCCGUAUCACUUAUCACCUCCUGGUGACUUUCUAAAACGCAGGCGUUUAUACCAUCCCUGCGCUCUCAACUGAGCUCUCAGAAUAGAAACAAAAUUCAAAGUACAACAUUUCUGAUGCUUGUAAUACCAGACUCUUGGAGCAAAUGUAGUAUUUCUGAUUUCGACUAGGGGCAGAGUAUUCCAAGGGGACCAGAUGUAUUUACACGUUUAGACAUGUUUCUGGGAGCUCUGUUUUGUGACGACCAAAACGGGAAAUGAUAGAAAAGUAAAUCGAAACAUCAGCAAGAAAGCACUAGUUAGGAUAACUCCACACCCAUUGCAAGUUCCCUUUUAACACCAGUCUGUAUUCUGAGGGGAAGGAGAAAAAAAAGACAGGGAAAGAAAAAUCAAAUUAUAUGAAUCCAUUAUUUGUUUUUCAAAUGAAGAUAUGUUUCCAGUAUGUCAGUAAAUCUGGAACUAAAAGCUUUAGUUGGCGAUCGCUAGCAAAUUAGGACUUUGCUGGCAUUUCCGCUAGCCGGGUCAGCAUUGUCCUAUUAGAACCAACGCUGAGGGCAGCGUGUCAGUGAUUCCAGGCCUCCAGACCUCACCCCCUCUCCCGGCCUCCUCAGUUGUGUCCCAGCCUCCAGAUCUCAGCCUCCACGUCCCUCAGACUGCCACGCCUGUGACUCUUGUAGAUCCUGUGGACUACCUCUUUAAGUCACCAUCGCAGAAGGGUUCUCCAAUACCUCAGCAAUCACAGGACACUCAGCUAUAUUGAACUUGCGUGAUGGAAGGCCCGCGGGCCGGCAGGAACAGCAUGAGAAUUGAGAUAUAUAUUUUGGAGAUAAUUUUGUGUGCCUGUUCCUCGCUAGCAGCGGGUCCAUUUUAAAAGACAUGUGUUUUUUUAUUAAUUAUUAUUAUUAUUAUUAUUAUUAUUAUUAUUAUUAUUAUUUCUAAUUUCAGCCUUUUAAGGUUUCUGAUAAUCAUUUAUAUUUCUUUGUAUGGUAGAGUAUGUUUUUUUUGGAUUUAUGACCUGUUAAAUUGUCGGUCAUUUGUACCUCUUAUCUAUGGAAAUGGUAGUGAUUAGUAUUUUUUUUUUUUUCAAUAAAGCUGUAAGUUAUGCAUCA